GAGCCGGUCAACCCAGUCCACGCCCCGCGUCGUCCUCCCCUUCUCCUCUUCCUCGCUCUUGCGACCGAAAUCGCCGCCGCCGCCGCCGCUCAACCCCGGCCGCCUCCGGUGGUUUCUGCCGCCGUCGCCUAGCGCGAACGACGCACCUAGCCGCCCUUUAUCACCUCCUCCUCUUAGAUUUUCCGGGCGCCUCCUCGUGCGGCUGUGCCCUACUCCGCAUGGGAGCUAGGGUUUGCGCCCCUCGUCGGAGUUGAACUCCGGCGGCCGUCCUGGUGCUCGGGUGGUCAUGGUCGCCGCCCCCUCCCCCGCCCUAACCGCCGCGGACGCGAGGCAGGCCGCGGCGAGGAAGAAGGAGGACGACGACGAGGAGGUCGUCUGCUUCAUCUGCUUCGACGGUGGAGACCUCGUCGUCUGCGAUUGGAGGUGCGACGCCGCAGUGCGCGACUUCUUCCUGAUUGCAGUCAGUGCCGCCGCCGUCUCCAAGCUGCAGAGUCCCGUUCCUUUCCGCCCGUGCGUUUCCUCAGCGUGAGAUCGAUCGGGAUGUCCCUAAUCUACUGUGUGUACUUUUAACUGAAUUUCCGACAGUGCGUUUGCUCAGCGUGAGAUGGAUCAUCGAGGUUAGUGUGCCAGCACCGCACUCUGCUCAGCGUGAGAUUUCCGACAGUUAACUAAUUAGUCUUAUGAGCUUUAUUAGUGCACUACAUGGUUACAUCGCUCUGCAAUUCUGCAUUUCUUUACUUCUGAUAUCCUCGCUUUUCUCCAUACUUGUUUAGCGGUAUAUUUAACUGUAAAUGAUAACAAUAUUCUGUGCAUUUAUGCACUUCUUUAGUAGGCAAGAACGCUAGGUAAAGAAAUGAUGUAAAUCUCCUUCGUCUAUUUAUACAAGGACAUGGUAACCGCCCCAGUUUCUUUAUUAGUGAAACCAAACAUCUGGCUCAAUACAUCAAUCUAUGGGCAUAGACAUUUGUAGGGGUUUACACCUUAUGUGCUAUUCUUUUGCAGAUCGGCAGAAAUAGCCUUAGCCAAUUCCAAAUAAUGAAAGUUCAAAACAGGCAAACUAAAACGUUUGCUGCUAUAUGAUACACACUGAAUACACCCAGAUAGCCUUCUUUUGUUUGUGUUGUGAUCUGCCGAUUCCUGUUUUAGCAAUCCUUAUUUGUUGAUUCAAAGUCACAGAGUUAUUGAAGUUAGGUUUCUCGUAGCUACACGGGCAGGCUGCUUAGCAUUGCACUAACUAGUUUGGUGGUAGAAAAGUUUCUGUUCCAGUUCUUCCCUAUGUUGGUCUUCACUUGCUAUUUUCAACAGCCACAUGAACUUAAUGUAUUCUUUUUUUAUUCAGUUGCCACACGUGCUGCCAUCUGAAAAAGCAUUUUAUGCUGCUGUAUCUUCCCUUGGCAUCUACAGCAAAGAUGUUUACGAUGGAAAGGGGCUAUUUAGCGCCGCUUGUGUUUGGUGGAUGUUUCGUGCUUAUGGACAUGACAAAGUCUGGGUUUUGGAUGGAGGUUUGCCCCAGUGGCGUGCUUCUGGGUAUGGCGUGGAAUCAAGUGCCUCCAGCGAUGCUAUCUUAAAAGCUAGUGCUGCUAGUGAAGCAAUCGAGAAGGUUUACCAGGGGCAGUCGGACAUGGAUAGAGGAGAUUAUUUUGAAUUAAGUUUGGGCAAAAAAGACCUGGACAGAUCAAAGAAAUACAUCCAGACGUUGCAGGUAUCACCAUAUUCCAUUGCUAUUACUAUAUUUGUAUUAGUACCCCGAUAUUAGUAUGUGGUUCAUUUUCCAGAUUUGAUAUUAGUAGCCUGAGAAAUAAUAUAUUGGAAAAACUUAAAUUUAUUGGAAAAACAUUUGCUGUUGGACAGUUAUGAUUUUUAGUGUCUACGCUGAUGGUUUCAUAUUCAGUUGUUGUGAUGAUGGUAAUUGUUAUGAUUUAGUCAUUUACAUUGAUCUGUAGCUGCUGUAGUGGAUUAUUACAUGAUUGUGGACCAUGAUAUGCUCAGUUUUACACAUGUAAAAUAUAGAUUUCCCAGUGGCAUGUGUAUUGAGAUGCCUUACUUGUUCGUCUAUUGAUUACUUGGUUAUUUGUGACUUCUGCUGCUCUAGUGCUUGCUUUAGAUGAUCUGAUUUUCAAUAAGUGCAUGUUAUAACACUAAAAACAUUAUGAUCAUCAAAGUAGUGUACUCUCUUGCCAAGUAUUUCUCAGUACAGGAGUUCAGUUAGUGAUAUUGCUCUGUUAAUUCACAACUACAUGAAGUACCAUAUAACUUGAGAAAUCAUCAACUCUGAUCCUAGCUGCAACUACUUCACAAAGUUGGGACUGAAACCAACUUUCUGUUAAUUCACAAAGUUGUCUAUUUUCUCUUUCUAUUCUGAUCUUUCUGUUAAAGUGUUAUUGUAUUUACUAUGCACAUCGGGGCCAAGAGGCUGUCUACAAGCCUAGAACUCGAGUGUAACUUGCUUCUUGUCAAGCUUAUUUUCUUUCAGAGUUAAAUUGCGUUAAAUAUUUCUUCUGGCCAUUAAUUUUCUUGUCGAGCUGUCGCGUGUGGAGGAGCAGGCGAGCUGCUGCUGCUGGAGAUCAUGUGCUCCUGCUAGAUCUUCAUUGUUAGGUCGAAACUGAAUGUUGGUGUGGUUGGUUUUGAUUUGAAUUGUAAACGGAAUGCCGUGGUUGAUUUGAAAUCUAAAUUGAAAUGUACUGUUUA